AUGGCGUCCUCCUCCAAGCGGUCGCUGCCAUGCGUGGUCCUCUUCCUCCUCAUCACUGUCUUCCAUCAUGGCUGCUCGUCGGCGAUGGCCCACAGACCGUACGCCGGCGGCAGCCCGAUGAUGGAGCGGUUCCAGCGGUGGAAGGCGGCGUACAACAAGUCCUACGCCACGGUCGCCGAGGAGCGGCGGCGGUUCCGGGUGUACGCGCGCAACAUGGCGUACAUCGAGGCCACCAACGCCAAGGCCGAGGCAGCGGGGCUCACGUACGAGCUCGGCGAGACGGCCUACACCGACCUCACCAACCAGGAGUUCAUGGCCAUGUACACGGCGCCCGCGCCGGCGCAGCUGCCUGCGGACGACGACGAGGACGACCAGGCGGUGAUCACCACGUGCGCGGGGCCCGUUGACGCCGUCGGCCGGGGCGCGCCGGGCCGCCAGCUGCCGGUGUACGUGAACCUGUCCACCGCCGCGCCGGCGAGCGUGGACUGGCGGGCCAGCGGCGCCGUGACGCCUGUGAAGAACCAAGACGGAUGUGGGUCGUGCUGGGCGUUCUCGACGGUGGCGGUGGUUGAAGGGAUCUACCAGAUCCGGACGGGGAAGCUGGUGUCGCUGUCGGAGCAGGAGCUGGUGGACUGCGACACGCUGGACGCCGGCUGCGACGGCGGCAUCAGCUACCGCGCGCUGCGGUGGAUCACCUCCAACGGCGGGCUCACCACGGACGACGACUACCCGUACACGGGCACCACGGACGCCUGCAACAGGGCCAAGCUCUCCCACAACACGGUCAGCAUCGCGGGGCUCCGGCACGUGGCCACCCGGAGCGAGGCGUCGCUGGCGAACGCCGUGGCGGGGCAGCCUCACUACAAGAAGGGAGUGUACAACGGGCCCUGCGGGACCAACCUGAACCACGGCGUCACCGUCGUAGGCUACGGCCAGGAGGUGCCCAGCGUCGGCGGAGACAAGUACUAG